AUGGGCAGAGCUCCAUGCUGUGACAAAGCUAACGUGAAGAAAGGUCCAUGGUCUCCUGAAGAAGAUGCUAAGCUUAAGGCAUAUAUUGAGAAACAUGGAACUGGUGGAAAUUGGAUUGCUCUUCCCCAAAAGAUCGGGCUUAAGCGGUGUGGAAAAAGUUGUAGGCUUAGAUGGUUAAACUAUCUCCGACCCAACAUCAAGCAUGGGGGAUUCACUGAAGAAGAAGACAAUAUCAUCUGCAGCCUCUAUAUCAGUAUUGGCAGCAGGUGGUCAAUCAUCGCAGCCCAGUUGCCUGGAAGAACGGACAAUGAUAUCAAAAAUUAUUGGAACACCAGACUGAAAAAGAAGUUGCUGGGAAGGCGUAAACAAUCCCAAAUGAACCGACUUUCGGGCUCAGGCCAAAAGGAUGCAAAUGGUGGUAUCGAGGAAAACACCUGGCAAAACUUGAGUAGCUCAGCUCUUGAGAGGCUUCAACUCCAUGUGCAACUUCAGAGCCUACAAAACCCUUUCUCUUUUUACAAUAAUCCAGCACUUUGGCCCAAGUUAAAUCCCCUUCAAGAGAAGAUGAUCCAAAGCCUCCAAAAUCUGACUGAAUCCCAGAAUCCAUCAAUGCAACAAGUUUCUCCUAGCCCUCAAUCUGGAUUGGGCCAAAAUGUUGAAUUCCUCGAGCAAGCUGCUAUUUCUUCUAGGCUUCAACAAGAGCUAGAGAACUCUAUUAACCCUUUGAAUCCCGGAAAUAGUCCCAUAGACUCAACCUUGGCUCCAAAAUCAAACGUUAUGCAACAGCCUGGUUCAGAAUAUCAGCCCAUUUCAACAUUUACACCAGCUGAAAUUGAUAAUCUUCUCAGCAGCAAAACCGCUAGUUUUCUAUCAUCAGAUAAUCAGAUGGCUGAAUUUGAUUGCUUCAAAGAGAUAGACGGUGUGAGGGACGCCCUGAUGUGGUGGUCUAAUGACAUGGAUACAAAUUCAGCAUCCUCGAACUCUUGGGAUUCUGCUUCUCUUCUUCAACAAUCCGGAGGAAUGUAUCAGGAUUAUGCAGUAGGGUACAAUAUGUAA